CAAAUAUUGAUCGAAACCACCAUUGAAAGCGUGGGUGUUGUUGUACCGGCUGGUAGGUAUGAUGUAUCUCUUCAUGAGCGCACGAUGUGGUACUUUACCCCGCGAGCUAGAGCCGAGAUACUUUCCGCCCAUAAUACCAACGGGGAUAAACCAAACAGGACGGGGCACGGAACAUAAGAACGAGGAAGCCAACCCUAGACAGGACCCCUAAACCGCUCGGUGGACACAACAAGCACGAGACACCGUUGGCCACUUCACCUAUCAUUCAUUGACACGCGACACCACCCAAUGGCGCCAGCGUCUAUUAUCGAGCCCAUUGCGGACACAAUCCAACCGAAAAAAGACACUCUUAACCUCCCCGAGCCGGCACGUCAACGGCUGACGAAGGCUGGGAUUGACCUGUCUGGAGGCUACCCGUACCGGCCAGAUGUGCCUUUGUAUCUUCAAGAUGUGUACAAGAUUCGAAACGAGGAACGGCCAUACGAAGACGCUGGGGCAAGGGCCGAUAAGCAGAAAAAGCAUUUGUUUUCUGCUGCAACGAAGGUCACAGACCUGACCACCCACAUCGGGACGGAAAUUGAGGGCGUCCAGCUCAAGGACCUCACCCCUGAGCAACGGGAUGAACUGGCCCUACUAAUCGGGGAGAGGAGCGUGGUCUUCUUCCGGAAUCAGGAGCUCACUCCGCAGCAGCAGAGAGAGCUCGGGGAGUGGUUCGGAGAGGUCGAGGUCCACCCUCAAGUGCCCCAGGUUCCUGGCGUGCCCGGCGUCACGGUGAUAUGGCCGGAUCUCUUUGCCCAGGAGAACGCAGCCAGCUUCCGCAAGCCAGGUGGCGCUUCGUCGUGGCACACGGAUCUCGUACACGAACGGCAGCCCGCGGGAAUCACGCACCUCCACAAUGACACGGUGCCGCCAGUGGGAGGUGACACCCUCUGGGCGUCGGGCUACAGCGCGUACGAAAAGCUCUCGCCUUUGUUCCGCAAGUUCAUCGACGGGAAGCAAGCCGUCUAUCGCUCUGCCCACCCGUACCUGGACCGCGAAAACCCAACGGCCGGCCCCAGGCACAUCGAGCGCACCCAUCCGCUCGUCCGUGUCCAUCCGGGCACAGGCUGGAAGGCCCUAUGGGUCAACCGGGCCAUGACGGUACGGAUCGUCGGGCUGGACAAGGCCGAGAGUGACUUGAUCCUGAACUACCUGCACGAUGUUUUUGAGAAAAGCGUCGAUAUCCAGGUGCGGUUCAAGUGGACUCCGGGCACGAGUGCGCUUUGGGACAACAGAAUCACCAUCCACAACGCAAGCUGGGACUAUGGGGGGAGGUACCCCCGGCAUGGUACUCGCGUCACAUCCCUCGCCGAAGUCCCCUAUUUUGAUCCCGGCGCUCCGACCCGUCGGCAAGCCUUGGGUUUGCUCGACAAAAACGAGAAGGAGGCGCUAGGAGUUGAAUGAAGGCUGAAAUGAUUCUGCAUGCGUGUUGUUCGGCGUUCUGCUCAACAGCGUGGCGGAAUGUAUGGUGAUAAAAAACAAUAUUAUGCAUACUACCACCGCGUCACGCAGUUGUC